AUGGAUCUUCGCGGCAGCAGCAGCACAAUCAACCGUGUUUGGCGAAUGCUUCAGCAGGAUCAACACAGCCCCAGAGCUCUCCUAAUCUUCCUUGCUGUUCCCACUGGAAGUGAUUCGAGAAAUUCCCUGAAGUUCAACACCGACUUCUUCUGUGCCGCUAAUUACAGCCCUCACAGCGUGACACCCACUUCCAUCGAACUGUACGCUCUACCUGGUUUAGACAGUUAG